AUGACUGCUAAACGCCAGAAGGCGCCCCCGAACGACUUGACUGAAAACGUUAACAUGCUAAAAGUAAAAGAAGAGGUACAAAGUUCGCAUAAAAUCGGCAGAAUAGCCGCACACGUCCCCGAUAUCGUUGUGUACAGCUCUCUGGACAGGGAGACCCCCUAUGCUGAACGGUUCAAUGGCGUCCUGCUAUUUGCAGAUAUAUCUGGAUUCACUGCCUUAACUGAAAAGUUCAGUCUCAGCAGUAAGAAAGAUUACGGGGCAGAUGAAUUGACUCAUACACUCAACAGCUACAUUGGAGACGUUGUUAGCCAGAUCCUUGCAGACGGGGGUGACAUUCUAAAUUAUGCAGGUGAUGCUAUUUUGGCUCUGUGGGCAGUGGAGAGGUCGCAGCUGAGUGAGGUCAUAACUUUGGCCAUCAGAUGUGGUCUCAACAUUCAGGACAAGUGUGGGAUCCGGGAGACAGAAGUUGGCUGCCAGCUACGUGUCAAAAUAGGCAUUUCAGCAGGGAAACUUUCCAAAGUCAUUGUAGGAGACAAGACCAGUCAGUACUAUGUUGUGAUUGGCCGAGCUGUGGAUGAGGUUCGAUUGGCUGAGAGUUUGGCAGUGGCUGGUACAGUUAUUCUCUCUCCGAAUGCAUGGGAGCUCUGCAACCGACAGAACCUUGCCAUUGACCACAUUGAGAAUGAACGACCUGUCAAGGUGCGAUACAUCAAGCAAGUACCUCAAUUCUCAGUGGAAAAUUAUCUACAAGAGCUGGGCAAAAAUGUGGAACAUGAAAUCCUUCAAAGGAGUUGUUUAAGAAAAGCAUCCACACUAAAACCUAAUGAUGAGAGGGAGAAUUUCAUGCGGAAAUAUGUAAUAAAAACUGUCUUGCCAAAGAUAGAUGACAACCAGCCACUGGAAUACCUGUCAGAGAUGCGGCCUGCCACUAUUGUAUUUGUGAAUCUGCAGUUUGAAGAUGCUAUAUGCGACAUGGAGCUCAUAUCACAGUGUGUCGCCAUUCACAAAGCAGCCAUCAGCAUCGGCCAACAGAUGCUCCUCCACCACGGGAGAAUCAACAAGGUCUUCAUGUUCGAUAAGGGCUGUACAUUCCUGUGUCUGUUUGGCCUGCCUGGAGAUAAGAGAGUAGAUGAGUGUGCUCAUGCGCUGCAGGCUGCCUACAGCAUACACCAAGCCUGCCUCCAAGAAAUCAAGAGCCUCAAGACUAUAUCAGUAGGUGUGACUACAGGUCCAGUCUUCUGUGGUGUGAUGGGCCAUCCUUUGAGGCAUGAAUACACAGUAAUUGGACGGAAAGUAAAUCUGGCAGCCCGUUUGAUGAUGUAUUACCCAGGGUUGGUGUCAUGUGACAAUGAGACAUGCGUCUUCUCCAGACUGCCUUCUUUUUACUUCACUGAGUUGCCCAGGAAAGCACUGAAGGGUGUGUGCCGCCCGGGGCCCAUAUAUCAGUUCAUGGGCAGCAGACAUCAGACGCUUGUCGGUAAGGCACCCAUGUCAUUCCAGAGAAGAGAGGGCUAUCCACUCCUGGGGCGUCAGAAGGAGCUGGAAGUUUAUUUCAAAGGUUUGAAGGAUUUCCUGGAAGCAAGGAGCUCUGUAGCUAAGACCUACAAUAAGGUAAUCAUUUUUGAAGGAGCUACUGGCUAUGGAAAGAGCCACCUGCUGGCAGAAAUAGUUCACAGAGCCUCCAAGGAGAAGGUUAGGGUAAUGUCCCUUGAACUGACAAAGCCAGACAUCAAGCGAUCAAACUACACACUUCAGACAGUACUGGCUCUGCUGCUUGCUAUUCAGGACUGCAAGGGCUAUGCAGAGCGAGAAAGGGUCAUCCUUUCAAAGAUCCACGAUCCAGAGCUUAGAGAAAAUGUCUGCUUUCUUAAUGACAUCCUUAAAGUCAAGUUUCCACUCUCACUCUCAGUGUCACUCAUGGAUAGUCAAACUAAGAGCAAGGAGAUGAGGAGGUACUUUCUGCAGCUAUGUUGCAAGCUGGUGGAGAAGGAGCCGUGUGUGUAUGUGAUAGACCAGGCUCACUUUGUGGACCAGGCAUCAUGGAGCUUUCUGCUGGAGGUGUGUCAGCAGGCCUCUCUGCUAAUGUUCAUGGCUCUGCUGCCUCAAGCCAGCCCCAAUGGUCUUUUCCCUGACAUGGAGCGUAUCAUUUGCUUGCCUCACACUGUCUACCUUAAACUGCCGGUCCUGGAACCGCCUGUCAUCGCCCAGCUCGCCUGCCAGGCACUCAGUGUGGUCCACAUCCCAAACGAAGUAAAACUGUUUCUGGUGGAGAGGAGUCAUGGAGUACCGUACUACUGUGAAGAGCUACUCAAGAGCCUCUACCUGCGCAGGAUGAUAGUGAUUGAGGCCAUUGAGGAGGAGGAGUGUGAAGAUAUGAAGAUCCUGUUCCCACAGGAUCACUCCAGAUCCAGCCAAGUGUGGCAGGACAAGGAGGUCCAGGAGGAUGACAUUCUCUCAGGGUCAAGUCAGCCAAAAUGUUCUGUUGUGAAAACAAGGAAAAUCCUGGCACUGGACGGAUCACCUGCUGAACAGUCGUUUGUGUGCUUAGUGGGAAAGUCUGCAAAACUUGCGGAGGUUCCAAUCCCUCUCACUUUAAAAGGCAUGGCCCUAGCCCACCUGGACCAAUUACAGCCACCCGAGCAGAUGCUGGUGAAGUGUGCUGCAAUCAUUGGCCACACCUUUACCACCCAGAUGCUGCUGGACAUUGUGCCCGAAAUGACUCAGCAGAAGCUCAACCUGUCCUUGGUAUCACUCUUCAAAUCUGGCACGUUUGAGUGCACCUCCAGGCACAAGAAUCUCUCACUGCCCAUGAGCAAAGAGGCAGAGUGCUGCAGCAUUCUCAGCUGCUACUGUGCAGGCAACGAGCACAUCAGCAGCACAGAUGUGGUCAAACCGGCCUCAGUUGCAGGUGUGUGGAAGUGUCAAGUGGUGUGUUUCUGCACAUCUUUAGUAAAGGAAACAGCAUAUGACCUAUGGCUGAAGGAACAGAAGAAAGAGAUCCACUCAAAGUGCGCCACAUACCUGCAGCAGCAGGCCUACCGCUGCCAUCAGUGCGCCAGAGAUGAGUUCAUAUGUGGACAUAAGGCAGCCGUAGGCGGCAUCAUCACUGACAGCAAUGAUGAUCUUACUCAAGAAUCCUACAGUGUCCCUUCAAAUCAGAUAUGCCCAAUGGAAGAAAAUGGGAAUGAUGAGCAAAACUUUCUGGCCAGGAUGGACUCAAUGGUGGCAGAGCGGCGUGCCAGCAUAGACUGCACGGGCAGUUGCAGUUGCGCUGAGCUGGUGGAGUGUGUGCUCAUCCCCUUAGUCAGACAGUGGAUGGGUGUAGGAGAUGUGUCCAAGGCAUUCUACUGCCUACUGGAGUCUGCGGCAGCCUGCGUAUACCUUUCUAACUACCUGAGGGCAUUGUCCUUUCUGAAUGAGGCCAAAAUCAUUCUGAAGAAUCUGAAGACAGGGAAGCCUGCAUUUGAGACUGCAGACCCAAAAGUGAAGGUUAAAAUCUGUGAAUUCGAGAAAGCCUGUGUGUUUCGCCUCACAGGAGAGAUACAGUUUAACACUGGACAGAUUCUAGAGGCAGAGAAGAAUUUUGUGAAAGCUCUGAGGCUCCUCAAUAGGAGAUUCCCUAGGAACCUUGUUGCCUUUUCCAUGAAGUACAUUUAUGAGAAAAUGAAGAAUCUGCACUACAGACAUCAAGACUUAGAGAUCCCGCAGAAGAGAGAGCAAGCCUUUCUGCAGGAGCAUGUCUGCUGCCUGUCCCACCUGUGGCAGAUCAGCUGCAUGCGCCGUUUGCCCAAGAGAGCCUCACUGGCCUUCACCAUGGAGACCAACUCAGCCACCUGCAGUGCCGAGAAGUUCAAGGUGCUCUUCUCGACCGUAGACUGUUUUCAGUACAGUCAGAUGGUGGGUGAUGAGGUCAAGUGCAGCCGCUAUGAACGCUUGCUGUACAGAAGGUUGGCUCAACAGCCAUACUGCGACAAGGAACUUGAGCUGAUCUUCUACUUCACCCGCAGUGUUGCCAUCGUCAAACUGUGUGCAGGGAACCUGGAGCAAUCUGUCCAGUAUACUGUGCAAGCUCAGCAGGUCAUCAAGGUGCUGAACAGACCUGAUUUGGACAUAUACAAAGAGUGUGUGGAGCUGAUCCAGAAUCUGGAGCGCCCAGGGACCAUCAGUGUAGCUAAGGGCUGGUUCUAUGCUGCCUGCUUUGACUUUUUGCUCUAUGCUGGGUUGGCUGUCAGGCCAUUUGAAGAGUGUUUGGCCUUCGUGAAGGAGUGUGAGUCAGAUCCUACCAUGGUGGCUGACAAGAGUCUGAUGUUAAAUCUGUACUCUGCACCUGCUCUGUGGUAUGCACGGCUGGCCGAUUGGGAGAAGGUUGCACACUUCUAUAGGAAAGCGUAUGGCAUCUAUGUUGGGAUUCCAGCUUCCAUUCAUUCCAUCAGUGGAGUGGUCAAGUUCCUGGAGUGCAGUGUCCUGCUUUUGAAGAAAGCCUUGAGUGACCAAAACAAACACACAAAGACCAUCUACAACAAAACAAUGAAGUAUCUUUCAGAUUUCAGUCAGCACUAUGCCACUGUUUGCAUCUUCCUGCCACGUGUGCUGCAUUUGAAGGCCUUCAUGUUCCUACUGGUUGGCAAUAAGAUGCUAGCAGAGAACAUCCUCAAGCAAGCUCUGCUGCUGGGUGAGAAACAGGGCAAUCUACUGGACCAAAGGUGGAUCAGGCAGAGCCAGGACACUUGGUCUGGAGCGUGCACACAGAGGCCAGUGGACUGGCUUACAGCCACUCUAAGCAUGCCUAGCUGGGAAGAAGCAGUGAAGCUUCACCCAAAAGACCUUCUUCAGUAUUGCUUCGCCCUCACAGACCUCAGCUUAGAGGUGCGCCAUGACAUCCUUCGCACUCCUGCUGCCUCAGAAAGAGGACAUGCACAUCCUCAUUCCCCCUGCUUCAACUUAAAGUAG